GGGAGGCACUAGGACCUGCUGGAUAACCCUGGGAAAGCUGAGGGAAACAACUGUGGGACUCAAAAACUUUCAGAACAAUCAAUUUUCCUACAGGGGAGAGUGGGAGUAGAGCGGGGUGAGCGGCACAUAACCUGGAUAAGUCAUCCUUAAAAGAGCUGACGGGAUACGGCUUUCUGGGAUAAAAAAACCUGCGAGAGAGCUGGACUACCACCAACUUUGGGUUUUGGGACCUUUUUUGUGGUGAAAGACGAGAAACUCUGAGGGUGAGGAAGAGGACACGGGUUCCAAAGAGAGAAGCAGACGCACAGGCCAGUCCUGAUGGCAGGCUCUCGGGGCUCAGCCAGCACUGGACACUGGCUCUAGGAGCCCACGGGGCCUUCGCUUCAACCAGGAACAUUUCACAGGACGUGUGCCCAUGAGGUCGUCGACGCUGGUCCUGCUCUUCCUGAUCAGCGUCCAGGCUGCACUCAACACGGGGGGCCACAAGGUCCAAACACAAGGUCCAGCCAAUCAACACGCAGGAAUGGAUCGCUCAGCCAGGCCUUCGUCUGGACAAUCCCAGCAGGAGUUGACCCACGAUGACCUCAUCCCCACCAUUGACCCCAAACUCUUCAACAAACGUCGGUACCGUUCACCCCGCGUGCUCUUCAGUGACGUGGCGCCGUCUGACAGCGACCCGGUGGGAUCCAGAGGGCCUCGUGUCCGGCGGAGGGCCACAGAGUUCUUGCAUCGUGGGGAAUAUUCGGUGUGCGACAGCGAGAACCACUGGGUGGGCAACCUGACCCGCGCCACGGACCUAGCGGGCAAUGAGGUCACAGUGCUGCCUGACGUCCGCAUAAACAACGUAGUGAAGAAGCAGUUGUUCUAUGAGACCACGUGCCGCAUCAACAAAGCCAGCGAUGCCCCUCGGGGUCGAGGGGUCAGCGGGAUAAAAGCGGGAACCUCCGGAUGCCGAGGGAUUGACAACAAGCACUGGAACUCGUACUGCACCAACACGCACACGUACGUGCGGGCACUAACGUCUUUCAAGAACCAGAUCGCCUGGAGGCUCAUCCGCAUCAACGCAGCAUGCGUGUGUGUGCUGAGUCGAAAGUCAUGGAGGCAUUGACCCAUCGAUUUAUUUCUCAGCAAACCUCUGUCCGAAGACUCACUUGACCAACCCCGCC